AUGGAUCGCAUGCGGCACAAACAGAUCAGCACUGACCCAUGUGGGGUCGAAGUGCAGCCGGGACCCUGUGUGCUACUCGCAGCCGGUCCAGGUUUCCCUCCACAGCUUGCAACUCAGGAGCCAGCUCUCAUCAGCCCGCCGGAGGUCAUCAGCAAACCAAAGUCUGGAUUGAGCCCCAUCCAGUCCCCUGUUCCACCCGUGAGAGUGACAGAACCGUCUCAAUCAGGCCACACAAGCACUGGGUCCACUCCGCCGCUGACGAGCAUCAGUCGGCCGAGACCGACCGCCCUCGGGACUAAACCUGCUCCGAAGCCGACCAGGAUCUCAGCGGACCCCUCCAAGGAAAUAGAUUUGAUCCCGGUUUACAUCCCAGGACCUCAGAGUGCCAACGUCCUGCCGCAGACUGAGUCCUCCCUCCCGCUCCACAGUCCUCAGAGUCCCCACAGUCCCCACAGUCCUCAGUCUUACACCAGCCAGCCUUACCUGAGUCCCUCCCCCAGCCCUCUCCCACCCGCCUGCCUCAGCCCCAAACCAGGCCUCGGGGGUCAGCCACAGAGGAGCCCCUCACCCGUGUGUCCAACACAGAGCCAAGUGCAGCCGGAGAAGCCAGAAGCAGAGAACAAUGACUUCAGGGUGUACAUCGUCACAUGGAACGUGGGCUCAGCUGUCCCGCCGGAUGACAUCACCUCCCUGUUCGGACCAAAUGUUACAGAUGGGAGCGUCGACGUGUUUAUCAUCGGACUCCAGGAGGUGAACUCCAUGAUCAACAAGAGGCUGAAGGACGCUCUUUUCUCGGACCAGUGGAGCGAGCUGUGCAUGGACACACUCAGCCCUUUUGGAUACGUUCUGGUGGCGUCCCAGCGAAUGCAGGGAGUGCUGCUGCUGGUUUUCUCUAAAUUCUGCCAUCUUCCGUUCCUCCGAGGCGUGCAGACGGAGAGUACACGCACCGGACUUGGGGGAUACUGGGGGAAUAAAGGGGGUGUCAGCGCGAGGAUGACGGUGUUCGGACACCCGCUGUGCUUCCUCAACUGUCACCUGCCAGCUCACAUGAGGAACCUGGAGCAGCGGAUGGAGGACUUUGAGAGCAUCCUGCAGCAGCAGCAGUUUGAAGGCGGCAAUGCCACUGGUGUACUGGACCACGAUGUGGUGUUUUGGUUUGGAGAUCUAAAUUUCCGUAUCGAAGACUACGACAUCCAUGUGGUGAAAUGUGCCAUCGACAGCAACAAGCUGCCUCUUCUGUGGGAGCGGGAUCAGCUCAACAUGGCUAAAAACACAGAGCCCAUCCUGGAGGGCUUCAUAGAGGGGCCACUCAAAUUCCCACCGACCUAUAAGUUUGAUGUGGGCACUCAUACGUACGACACCAGUACCAAGAAGAGGAAACCUGCCUGGACGGAUCGCAUCCUCUGGCGCCUCCGACGCACCGGCUCCCCGGUCCCUUCCCACAAUGCAGCACUGCAGCGGGGUCUGACCUCGUGGCUCGGAGGGGCAACUAAAGUGACGCAGCACACGUACCGAAGUCACAUGAGUUACACCAUCAGCGACCACAAGCCUGUGUCUGCCCUGUUCUCCCUGGAUUUCCCAUUCAAGGUGGCUGUGCCCCUGGUGGAGCUGCAGGUCAGUAAGGAGUGGUGUAAAGUCUCCGAUGCUACAGUCAGAUUCACAUAUGCAUCUACUUAUCAGCGCAGCUCGUGGGACUGGGUAGCAAUAUAUAAGGUCAGAUUCAGACAUCACAAGGACUACCAGGCGUACGUGUGGGCCAAGGGAGAGCAUGUUUCACAGGUGACGUUUUCAGAGGAAGAUUUGCCCCGAGACGAUUGUGAAUACCUCAUGGGCUACUACAGCAAUAAUAUGAACAGUAUCGUUGGAUUGUCAACACCCGUUCAGAUCAGGAUACCAGUCCACAGUCCCACCAUGCAGCGCUCCGACAGCUCUGAAGUCAGCUCAGAGGACGACAGCACCCUCGUCCUGCUGGUUCCAAACUCCCGUAGCCCAAGUCCUAAAACAGGAAAAGCCCAUCAUCGCCACCGGCGCAGCCGCAGCCCGGCGGUCCCGACUCUCUCCUCCAACCCCCUCCCAUCCUUACAGGGCCUCAGCCUCUGCCCUCGCUCCAAAGACGGACAGACGCCAAGCCGCUCUCCCUGCUCCACUGCUAAGAAGGAACGGCUGGUGUCCCCCAACACUGUGCAGUCUCCGUCCAUCAGUCCGCUCAGUCCUCGCAGUCCUGUGUCUCCAGGUGGUGGAGUGACUGCACCAGAGGCCCUCAUCGCUGCCAUCUUAGGUGAACACAGACCAGCUCAGGUUAGCCCCACAGGGGUCAGACACAUCGGGAAGGCCGGGGAAACGGACACUUCGUAG